AUGCAGGCCACUCCGGCCGAACUCAAACGGCAAUUCUACGUUCUCUCCAAAGAGACACAUCCGGAUGUAAACCAGAGCGAUCCCAAGGCCUCAGAGCGCUUCGCGCAGAUAAGCGAGAGUUAUUCCGUUUUGGCAGAUCCGGAGAAGCGAAAGAGGUAUGACCGUGAUGUCAUGCGGGCUCACCAUCCUCACCAUCGUGGCCACGGCAGUCAUGGCCAAAAAUCUCAGGGAGGGACAUAUGCGGGACACAGACCGGCCAGCGGUUUAAGCAAACGACGAAGCGCCUUCAAGGGGCCUCCGCCAUCAUUCUACGCACACGGCGGUCCAUCCGCGCAGACACAGCAAAGAGCUGAAGCCCGCACGGGGGCCCAGCAAACCGCAGGAGAGGAUCACACAGCUGGCACUUUCAACGCCGGCGCAUACUCGGAAGGGGGCCCGGCCUUUGAUGCCCGCCCGACGUUCAAGACCCAGACACACGAAGACUACCGCCGCGCUAAUCGCCGAGCGGCAGAGCUGGCGGCGGCACAAGCUGCAAUGGAAGAAGACAACUUCUGGGCCCGCUUCAUCAUCGUGUCUGGAAUCAUAGUGUUGGGCGUCUCUAUCGGUACAAUAGUCAUCCAUAUGGCUAAUACACCUCGAGGAGGCGGACUCGUCCGAGGAGAUGGCAGUCGAAGGGAUGGAGCCAGGAAUGAAUGGACGAAAGGCUAA